GAAAAAAAAUCCUCAAGAGAUAGAUCAGAUCAAAAUCUAUUGGGAUAUAGAUUAAAUUAUCAACCAUACUCAAAUAUCUUCCCAAACUCCUCAUGGCCUAUGCUUUAGGCCGAACUUCAUCAACAAUGAUAAUGAGAAUUAUGGAUAAAAAUAAUGAUUACUCAAAUUCUGCAUGAAAUAUUUUUAAAAAAAGUGAUUACUUAAAAUUCAUAAUGCAUUCAUGUACCGUGAUAGAAGGAUGAUUAAAGCUGUGUUUAAAGUAAUCCUCAAACUUUUUUACUAUUAUGUGUUUGGCCCAACACUUUCCAAAAUUAAGCAAAGCAGUCUCUGUAGUCCCUUCCCUUAUCGAUUUCUCUCGGCUCGCCCCAGUCAUUGCUGAUUCGCUGUUGAAGCCAUUGGAAUUAGAAAGCAAAAGCUUGUCCAUGAAAAAGCUCUGAUCUCAAUACAUGUUGAGAAUCAAUAAUCUCCAAGGAUUUGCCAGAAAAUUUAGACAUUGGAUUCAUCCCAUCAAAUGUUUACAUUCUCUUCAUCAACACAAACCCAAAAUACCCACCAAACACAGAUUUACCAAAACCUUAAAAACCCAAUUGAAAUCACUUGAUGUUAAGCAAAAAGUUUACAUGAGAGGCACAAUAUCAAACAUUUACAAAAUCCUCAAGUACUCAACUUGGGACUCGGCUGAAACCCAACUGAAACAGCUACCCAUCAAAUGGGACUCUUUUACAGUCAACCAAGUCCUCAAAACCCACCCACCAAUGGAAAAAACAUGGCUUUUUUUCAACUGGGUUGGUAAAGUUAAAGGCUUUAAGCAUGAUCAGUUCACUUACACAACAAUGCUUGACAUUUUUGGAGAAGCUGGGAGGAUUUCAUCAAUGAAGUAUUUGUUUCAGCAAAUGCAAGAAAAGGGCUUAAAAAUUGAUGCUGUUACUUAUACUUCGAUUUUGCAUUGGCUUUCAAAGAGUGGAGAUGUUGAUGGGGCAGUGGAAAUGUGGGAGGAAAUGAGAGGAAAAGGGUGUUUUCCUACUGUUGUUUCAUAUACGGCUUAUAUGAAAGUUCUGUUUGAUAAUAAGAGAGUUAAGGAAGGUAGUGAUGUCUAUAAGGAGAUGCUUCAGUCUGGGAUUUCUCCUAAUUGUUAUACUUACACACUGCUGAUGGAGUAUCUUUUUGGGGAUGGCAAGUAUGAAGAAGCCCUUGAGAUUUUCAACAAAAUGCAAGAAGCUGGAGUUAAGCCCGAUAAAGCUGCAUGCAAUAUUUUGGUUGAGAAAUGUUGCAAAGCAGGGGAGACAAGAGCAAUUAUCCAAAUCCUUAAGUACAUGAAAGAAAAUUAUCUUCUUCUUCGGUACCCCAUAUUUCUAGAAGCUCUUGAAACUUUUAAAGUUGCUGGUGAGAGCAAUGUCCUCCUCAGGCAAGUGCAUCCUCAUAUCUCUGUUGAAUGCAUUGGCAAUGAAAGAGAAGCUGAGUAUAAAGGAAAUGCUUCUGAAGCUCCUUUAAAUUUAGACAGAGGUCUAGUGUGGGUUUUUUUGAAAAAGAAAAAUCUUCUUGCCAUUGACAGUUUACUUACUGAGUCAGUGGAUAAGAAUAUACAGUUGGACUCUGAAAUGAUCUCUGCCAUCAUUCAUAUAAACUGUAACCAUUGUAGGCCGGAUGGUGCUUUAUUGGCCUUCAAAUACAGUGUGAAAACAGGUAUAAAUCUUGAGAGAACUGCAUAUCUUGCUUUAAUAGGCAGUUUAAUAAGAUCAAACACGUUUACUGAUAUAGUGGAGAUUGUCAUGGAAAUGACUAGAGCUGGACAUUCUCUUGGAGUUUAUCUAGGUUCGCUCCUAAUCUAUAAGCUUGGAUGUUUUAGAAGGCCCACUUGUGCUGCAAAGAUUUUUAAUUUACUGCCUGAUGAUCAUAAAUGCGUUGCUACCUACACUGCUUUGGUUGGUGUCUAUUUUGCUGCUGGGACUGCUGAUAGAGGACUUAAAAUAUACAAAACCAUGCGAAGAAAAGGGAUUUAUCCUUCUUUAGGUACAUACUGUGUUCUAUUAGCUGGUCUUGAGAAACUUGGUAGAGUCUCCAAAGCAGAAACCUAUAGGAAGGAAAAGAAAAGCCUGCAGAAGGAUGCUUAUUUCCGCGAAUCCAUUCCUACCAAUGAAAAGAUUUGUGACAUCCUAUUUGCUAGGGAUGUUGUAUCUUGAUGAACUUGUCAGGUUUUAUUACAAGACUCAUUUUGAAGGAAAGCUGCUGCGGUAUGGUGUUAUUUGAUUGUGAGAGGGGAGGGGUUUGAUCAAUAAUGUUUAUGAAGUGCUUCCAAUGGAAGAUUAAUGGCAACCUAGAUUGCAAGAGUGGGUGGAAGUAUUUAAUUGGUCCACAGAUUCAAUCUUUUUGGUGCUGCUUAUACUGAUAGGGCUCUCAUGCUGCAUCUUGAACAAAUGCGCAUUACAUUUUGAAUGUGAUCUAAAUUGGAGUGAUCUACAAAGGAUUCUAUGGUCUGUGCUUGUUGAUGACCAAUACAUUGACUAAUCUCCCUGUAAGUGCGUUUGACUGCAAUAGCAGAUUUUUUGACAAUUAUAUGAAUAAAGUUCAAUUUAUUUCAGCUCAUUUUUCCCAAUCUAAAUGGUAAAAAUAAAGAUGCUCCAAAUAGAAGGUUAAAGCCUUCUCUUGACAAUUGAUAUACAUCAUCUUAGAAAUGAAGAGAUCCAACGGCUUAUAUUGUCUAAAAAAGCAAUAAAAGUGA